ACGUCAUUGUGAUCCACAUCCACGGCAGCAGGAGGGGUGAGGUGGCCAGCCGCUGAUCCACCGGUAUCAUGGCUUCCUAACAGGACGGGGGGAAGUGACUGAGAGGAAAAACAAGGAUUUUUGUUGAAUGCCCGACUGACCAUCGCCCUUUCUAGAACCUGAGAUUGGGACAGAGGGGCUCGGCCUCCCUUUUCGCCUCCCACGGCCGCCCCUGAGAUCCAGGAUAUACUUUAAUUCUUGUCGUGAAUUUCCAUUCGUGAACCGUGGAAGAUGGCCGACCCGGCGGAGUGCACCAUCAAAGUGAUGUGCCGUUUUAGGCCCCUGAACAGCUCCGAGGUGGUCAGGGGCGACAAGUACAUUCCCAAGUUUCAAGGGGAAGAUACUGUUGUUAUCGCGGGUAAACCUUACAUGUUUGACAGAGUUUUUCAGUCAAGUACAACACAAGAACAAGUGUACAAUGCCUGCGCCCAAAAGAUUGUAAAAGAUGUUCUCGAGGGUUAUAAUGGAACAAUUUUUGCAUACGGGCAGACAUCAUCUGGCAAAACACAUACCAUGGAGGGGAAUCUCCAUGACACAGAUUCAAUGGGAAUCAUCCCCAGGAUAGUGCAAGACAUCUUCAACUACAUCUAUUCCAUGGAUGAAAACCUGGAGUUUCAUAUCAAAGUUUCAUAUUUUGAAAUCUACUUAGACAAGAUCCGGGACCUUUUGGACGUGUCAAAGACCAAUUUGUCAGUGCAUGAAGACAAAAACAGAGUACCCUAUGUCAAGGGCUGCACUGAGAGAUUUGUCUGCAGCCCAGACGAGGUCAUGGAUACAAUUGAUGAGGGCAAAGCUAACAGACAUGUAGCAGUUACAAACAUGAACGAGCACAGCUCCAGGAGUCACAGUAUCUUCCUGAUCAACGUUAAACAGGAGAAUACGCAGACAGAGCAGAAACUCAGUGGAAAACUCUACUUGGUAGAUCUGGCUGGUAGUGAAAAGGUCAGUAAAACAGGUGCUGAGGGAGCUGUGCUGGAUGAAGCCAAGAACAUCAACAAGUCCUUGUCAUCCCUGGGAAAUGUCAUCUCUGCACUGGCUGAAGGAACGGCCUACAUCCCUUACCGAGACAGCAAGAUGACCCGUAUCCUGCAGGACUCGCUGGGUGGUAACUGUCGAACCACCAUUGUCAUCUGCUGCUCACCUUCCUCCUUUAAUGAGGCCGAAACCAAAUCCACCCUAAUGUUCGGGCAGAGAGCAAAGACCAUCAAGAACACAGUGACAGUGAAUAUUGAACUGACAGCAGAACAGUGGAAACAGAAGUAUGAGAGGGAGAAGGAGAAGAACAAGACCCUGAGGAACACCGUCACGUGGUUGGAGAAUGAGCUGAACCGCUGGAGAAAUGGUGAGAGCGUGCCAGUGGAGGAGCAGUUUGAUAAGGAGAAGGCUAAUGCUGAGGUGCUGGCCCUGGACAACAUAAUAAAUGACAAGGCGGCCUCCACGCCGAACGUGCCUGGCGUUCGCCUCACUGAUGUCGAGAAGGACAAGUGUGAAGCUGAGCUGGCCAAGCUCUACAAACAGCUGGAUGAUAAGGACGAGGAAAUCAACCAGCAGAGCCAGCUGGCAGAGAAGCUGAAGCAGCAGAUGCUGGACCAGGAGGAGCUUUUAGCCUCUUCUCGCCGUGAUCACGAGAACCUCCAGGCAGAGCUGAACCGCCUGCAGGCUGAAAAUGAAGCCUCAAAGGAGGAGGUGAAGGAGGUGCUACAGGCUCUGGAGGAGCUGGCUGUCAAUUAUGACCAGAAGAGCCAAGAGGUGGAGGAUAAAACCAAGGAGUUUGAGACCAUCAGUGAGGAGCUCAGCCAGAAAUCGUCCAUCCUGUCGUCUCUGGACUCUGAGCUCCAGAAGCUGAAGGAGAUGUCCAACCACCAGAAGAAGAGGGUGACUGAGAUGAUGUCGUCACUGCUCAAAGACUUGGCUGAGAUUGGCAUCGCUGUAGGCAGCAAUGAUAUCAAGCAACAUGAGGGUGGCAGCGGUUUGAUUGAUGAGGAGUUUACAGUGGCCCGUCUCUACAUCAGCAAGAUGAAGUCAGAAGUGAAGACAAUGGUGAAACGCUGCAAGCAGUUAGAGAGCACCCAGGCAGAAAGCAACAAGAAGAUGGAUGAGAACGAGAAGGAGCUGGCCGCCUGCCAGCUGCGCAUCUCCCAGCACGAGGCUAAAAUCAAGUCCCUGACUGAGUAUCUGCAAAAUGUGGAGCAGAAGAAGAGGCAGCUGGAGGAGAAUGUGGACGCUCUUAAUGAGGAACUUGUCAAGCUCAGUGCUCAGGAGAAAGUCCAUGCUAUGGAGAAAGAGAACGAGAUCCAGACUGCCAAUGAAGUCAAGGAAGCAGUGGAGAAGCAGAUUCACUCCCAUCGCGAAGCUCAUCAGAAACAGAUCAGCAGCCUGAGAGAUGAGCUGGACAACAAGGAGAAGCUCAUCACUGAACUGCAGGAUCUGAACCAGAAGAUCAUGCUGGAGCAGGAGAGGCUCAGAGUGGAGCACGAGAAACUCAAAUCCACCGACCAGGACAAGAGCCGCAAGCUGCACGAGCUCACGGUGAUGCAGGAUAGAAGGGAACAGGCCAGACAGGACCUGAAGGGUCUGGAAGAAACAGUGGCUAAGGAGCUGCAGACUCUGCACAACCUGAGGAAACUCUUUGUCCAGGAUCUGGCCACCAGAGUCAAAAAGAGCGCUGAGAUGGACUCAGAUGAUACAGGUGGGAGUGCAGCACAGAAACAGAAAAUUUCCUUUCUUGAGAACAAUCUUGAACAGCUCACCAAGGUUCACAAACAGCUGGUGCGUGAUAAUGCAGACCUGCGCUGUGAGCUUCCUAAACUGGAAAAGCGUCUUCGAGCUACGGCUGAGCGGGUCAAGGCCUUGGAGUCUGCUUUGAAGGAAGCCAAGGAGAACGCUGCCCGCGACCGCAAGCGCUACCAGCAGGAGGUGGACCGCAUCAAGGAGGCCGUCAGGGCCAAGAACAUGGCCAGGAGGGGACACUCAGCCCAGAUUGCCAAACCCAUCAGGCCUGGGCAGCAGCCAGUGGCAUCACCCACCCACCCCAACAUCAACCGCAGUGGAGGCGGCUUCUACCAGAACAGCCAGACGGUGUCUAUCAGGGGAGGGGGCAGCAGCAAACCUGACAAGAAUUGAAGAGCAGCAGAACAGAAGGACGACACCACAGAAGAAGCCAAUAUCACCCCCCCGCCCACCCCGACAACCUGUCAUUCCAUUACAGUGAACGGGCUCCUCGUCACAGCUUUGGAACCACGAAGGAGUUCCUGAAUUAUAAAUAUAUAUAUAUAAAUAUUCCCAGCCUGUACAGCUCCAGCCCCCACCACACCUCCACCUACCCACCCUCCCCCCAAGUUCUAAUCUUGACUUAUCUCUUUUUCUCUUACUGGACAUAAUAAAAGAAAGAAGACAACAGUUUUCAUUUACGACAGGCGAGAUAAUAUUCUUAUUCACUCAACCAAACGCAGUCUUGAGCACAGCCUUGGCGAGCAAGACCGCACGCGACUUGAAUGUGUAGCUUUGGGGGUUUUUUGUUUUUGUUUUGGUUUUUUUUGUUUGUUUGUUUUGCUCAGUCUGUCGUCAUCUGUCGUCGUCGUGCGAGUAGUUCUGCACUGUGCCAAGCUGAAUGUAACGGUCGCAAGAUCCAAAAAAAAAAAAGAGAGAGAAAAAUAAACACCUAAAAUUAAAAAAAGACCAAAAAAAUGAAGAGGAGACCUACAGUGAGAAACAGCUUGACCCUAUAGGCUAACCUCUGUACAUUUCAUUGUGAUUAUGAUUAUUAUUAUUAUUGGCUGUUAACCACAUUUUUCUCUGGGUCGAUUUUACAUGCUUCUUUAAGGGAAAU